AUGGAGAUAUGGUUGAAUCAAUCAUCCACAGAUGACUUCAUCCUCUUGGGCAUUUUUUCUCACAGUCCAACUGACCUUGUCCUCUUCUCUGUUGUUAUGAUGGUCUUCACAGUGGCCCUCUGUGGUAAUGUCCUCCUCCUCUUCCUCAUCUAUGGAGAUCCUCAACUUCACACACCCAUGUACUUCUUCCUCAGUCAACUCUCUCUCAUGGACCUCAUAUUGGUCUGUACCAAUGUGCCGAAGAUGGUGGUCAAUUUCCUGACUGGCAGGAAGUCCAUCUCCUUUGUGGGUUGUGGCAUACAAAUUGGCCUCUUUGUGUGUCUUGUGGGAUCUGAAGGGUUCUUGCUGGGAUUCAUGGCUUAUGACCGCUAUGUAGCCAUUAGCCACCCACUUCACUAUCCUGUCCUCAUGAGUCAGAGGGUCUGUCUUCAAAUUGUUGGGAGCUCCUGGGCCUUUGGGAUAAUAGAUGGUGCGAUACAGAUGGUGGUAGUAAUGACUUUCCCAUACUGUGGCUUGAGAGAAGUGAACCACUUCUUUUGUGAGAUGCUUUCCUUGUUGAAACUAGCCUGUAUAGACACAUCCAUUUUUGAGAACGUGGUAUAUGCUUGCUGUGUCUUCAUGCUGUUUCUUCCCUUCUCAAUCACCGUGGCCUCCUAUGCUUUCAUCCUGAGGGCUCUGCUCCUCAUGCGCUCUGCUCAGGCAGGCAAGAAGGCUCUGGCCACCUGUUCCUCUCACCUAACAGCUGUCUCCCUCUUCUACGGGGCAGCCAUGUUCAUCUACCUGAGGCCUCGGCGCUACCGGAUGCCUAGUCAUGACAAGGUGGUCUCUAUUUUCUACACAGUUCUUACUCCUAUGCUCAACCCCCUCAUUUAUAGCUUGAGAAAUCGCGAUGUGAUGAGGGCCCUAAGGAAGGGGCUGGACCAUUGCAGGAUUAGCAGCCAGCACUGAACACAACACAGGGCAUCCUGUGUCUGGCAGUGUCAUCUCCUUUUUCUGUAAAUUCGGGUAAAUAAUCUUUGUGUGAGGAUCUGUUUC